UUUGAACUGAUUUUCAUUCGCCGUGGCGGCGUGGUUUUUGUGAGGAAAUUUUGUUUGAUCUUUUUGAGGAAAUAAAGCUACCAAACAGGCGGAAUGGAGUUUGAAAGUGUUCAGGAGCUUGUUGGAUUCAUACAGGAGCAGGAAAAUUCCGAUCCGGAGGAAUCGCUGCUGGAGAAGUUGGAACGACAGAAGAGGCUGCUUCUCAAGAAGCAGGAGCUGGAGGAUUUCCGGAAGCUGGUCGCAGUAACGAAAACCUACAGCGAGCAGCAGAAGCUGACCAAUCGGCACCAGCUGGAGCGGGCUAACGCGACCAAAAAGCUGUGCCACAAGAUCGACCAGAUGAAGAUCGAGGUGCAGCGGGUGAUUGACCGAAGCAUCGAGCAAACGCUAAGCUCGGCCCAAGAGCAAAGCCGGCGCUUCCACCUGAAGGAGGAGCACCGCGACAAGAAGCGGCUGCACAUCUGCGAGCUGCGGGGCCAGCUGGACCGGUACGAGGAAAUCGCCAGGCACAUCCGCGAGUCCAAGGGCCAGGCGAUGCUGCGUGCGGCCAAGGCCACUGCAGAGGAGGAGGCGAGGAAGCUGGAGAACGUUAGAGGUGAGCGGGAUAAGCUGUGCCAGACGCAGCGUGAGAGGGAAGCUGGUGAGUGGCAGGAAAGCAAGAGGGAGCUGGUGGAGAUUGGAAACUUGUGGGCGAAGGUGGGGAUGCAGGAGCGUGAGAAUUUUGCGAUGGAGGAGAAAAACGCCUUGGUGAGGGCCGAGAUUGUGAAGUUCACUGAGGAGCUUGAACAGCAGCGGAUUUUCGAGGAGGAGGAGGCGAAACGUCUGGAAGAGGAGAGCAGCCAGCGUGCGUUGACGCCCAUCAUGAUCAGUCAUGUGGACAUGGGACUGUUUAAGGAUCCGAACGAUUUCCCCUCGAUUACGAACAAGAUUGAGGCCAGUCGCCGCACAUACGAGAACAUCUUCAAGCGUCCGGAGUACAUGGAGUUGAAGAAGUUCAAGAGCGAUAAACGGGUUAAGACACGGAAGCAUUCGCAGGCUGGGUUGGAAAAGCUGAGCCGUGAAGCGGUCAACAACCAGUUGGCGAUCGUAGUGCCAAGGUUGAAAAUUGACGGCGUGUCGAGUCAGUCAAAGGGAGUCGUUUCAGCUACCGUUUCCGAUGAGGGGGCGCAGUCUUCUAAGGUUGAUCAGCCUCCGAGGAAAUCGAUUUCGAUGGUCGAAGGGCCGGUCCUGCAACCGGAGAUUCCCAGCAGUAAAAAGCCGACUAAGCCUUCCAAGCAGGUUGCUACACCGGCUGUUCGUCGCCAGAAGCUUAAGCCGGAAAAGCUUGACUUCAGAGAGUGUCCUACGCCUCCGAAGGAGGCAAAGAUCGUUGAGAAAGCUACACCUACAACCAAGAAGCGAACCAGUUCCAACGUUCUCGAACUGACCAGGGAGAACGUCGACUCGAUGCUUUCAUCCGCCAAACGUGCCAAGAAAUCGCCGGUCACCGCUGAACCUCCGAAACCCAAAAAGGUCACCAUCGACCCAAAACCCAUGCAGAUCCCUGUGGAGCCGGAACCACUCUCACCACAUGCGCCCGAAUCCCCCACUCCCUCGCUGCCCAACGAGGAGGCUCCACCAAGUCCCGUUUCCGAAGUCGACGCCGCCCAGCCUUCGCCGGAACGAGCCGAGGACUCCAACUCUGGUGGAAGUUCACCCCCACGGCGUCCCUCGGAGGCGUUCGACGGAGUCAGCCUUGGCGGAAGCAUUUCGUCGCUCGAGCUGAACGACCGCGACAGCGUCAGUGACCUAGGGUUCGAUCUGUCCCCGGUGGGAUCGACGGACGAAAGCGGUGGCGGAAAUAAGCGCAGCAGUUCGCCGGGGAUGGAUUUUGAUUUUCUCAACGAGAACUCGCCGGCCAAGCCGGUGAGAGUGGCUAGUCAAAAGGGGAGUCAGCCGAAGAAGAAGGCGGCGCCGGAAAUGUCUUCGGAUGGGUUCGACUUUCUGGGGGGAGGUGGCGAUGGAGGCGAUGACAGCGGUGGGUUUGAUUUCUUCUAAGGGGAACAGGAAGUUGCCUUCAGUUGCUAUAGCUUGCAUAGUGAAAUGAAAGGUAUUUUAUAUGGUUGUACUUCUGUAGUAUAUUUCAAAUUUCAACAUUUGAAUAUGUUAUCCACGAAUGGGGUAUUUCUUGAAUUAUUUAAAUACUCUUUUAAAUUUCUAAUCUGCAACCUUCAAGAUAGAAUUGAAUUAAUUACGUUAAGGACUAUUAUAUUUCCAAAAAUAUGCUGGGAGUUGAAAUCAAGUACAUAUGUCUUUUCUGAAUA